GGCCCGGCCCGCACCAGCCUCCCUGCAGGCGCGGCAUGACCCUGGUCUGGCACUCCCGGGAUGCUUCUUGAGCCCCUUCGCCGGCGGUUACCUCGGAGGGACGGUUGUGGCCACACUGACAUCUAUUUUGCAAAGUAAUCAUUGUUUAUUCUUGUGGCGGCGGGGCCGAACACGCUUAUUUAUUUUUCAUUUUCUCAGCAAGCUUUUACCCAGCACUUGUCCAGCAAAACAACUCGGUAACCGUUUCGAAGGAGCACUGCCCGGUCAGGAAAUCUCCGCCCGAGCCGCUCGCGGAAGCCCGCCUUUGCAUCGUCCCUCCUUACAUGCUGUGAAGACUGUUGCUCCUCCCUGUAACUACCAGUGUGCACAGAACUCCAUUCGGGAAACGUCUUGGUCCAGCGAUGCAAAGAACCGAAGUGUCAAGAGCUGGAAGAGCCUCUAUUAUCCUCAUAAUAAAUAGAAUUCGAGAGAGGCUUCAGCGAAUGAAGCCUAUAAAAGAGAAGGCAUGUCGAAGAUUCAGAAAAUCUGCCAAGACGAGGAGGGUGACCCAGGGGAAGCCAUCUUCAGGGCCGGUAUGCCGGCUAUGCCUCCAAGAACCUGGGGAUCCUGAAAAAUUAGGGGAAUUUCUUCAGAAAGACAAUCUCAGCGUGCACUAUUUCUGUCUUAUUCUAUCUAGCAAGCUGCCUCAGCGGGGCCAGUCUAACAGAGGUUUCCAUGGAUUCCUGCCUGAAGACAUCAAAAAGGAGGCAGCCCGGGCUUCUAGGAAGAUCUGCUUUGUGUGCAAGAAAAAGGGAGCUGCCAUCAACUGCCAGAAGGAUCAUUGCGUCAGAAACUUCCAUCUCCCUUGUGGCCAAGAAAGGGGUUGCCUUUCACAAUUUUUUGGAGAGUACAAAUCAUUUUGUGAAAAACAUCGCCCAACACAGGACAUCCACCGGGGGAAUGCGGGAGAGGAAAGCUGCGUCUUGUGUUGUGAAGACUUAUCCCAAGCAAGUGUUGAAAAUAUCCAGAGUCCAUGCUGUAGUCAAACUAUCUACCACCGCAAGUGCAUACAGAAAUAUGCCCACACAUCAGCAAAGCAUUUCUUCAAAUGUCCACAAUGCAACAAUAGAGAAGAGUUUCCUCAAGAAAUGCUAAGAAUGGGAAUUCACAUUCCAGACAGAGAUGCUGCCUGGGAACUCGAACCAGGGGCUUUCUCAGAGUUGUAUCAGCGCUAUCAGCAUUGUGAUGCCCCCAUCUGUCUGUAUGAACAAGGCAGAGACAACUUUGAGGACGAAGGGAGGUGGAGCCUUGUUCUAUGUGCUACAUGUGGAUCCCGUGGAACCCAUAGGGACUGCUCCUCUCUUAGAUCCAACAGUAAGAAAUGGGAGUGUGAGGAGUGUGCACCUUCGCCUAAAGUCACAGACUACAUAUCUGAAAACUCAGGUGACAUCCCCUGCUGCAGCAUCUUCUACUCGGGGGGGCAUGACUGCAGAGACACCAGCCUGGAAGAGAAUUCGGGCCCUUCUUGGACUGAUUGGCCAGAACCUUCUUUAUUAGAAAAACCAGAAUCCUCUGGUGGCAGGAGGGGCCACUCCUGGUGGUCCAAGGGUGUCAAAUCACUAAAAGCUGCAACAAAUACAAGUAACAGCUUCUAAGUAGUUGCUGCCAAGCACAUUUGGUUACAAAGCUGUGCUCCUCCACCAAGUUUGGGAAGGGAGCCCUUUGGGACUGUAAGACCAGGAAAGGGGGGCCCCAGCAGUGAGACUAUGAACAAGGAAAGAGAAGUCCCAGAGAGUGAGAACAGAGCAGUCCAGAUGCCAACCGCAGAACAUGUAUAUGGCUAUGGUAGCUAGCACCUCUGCUCUUUCUGUCUGAUUCCCAGAGGGCCCUUUCUUCUCUUCUCCCACCAAGAUUGUUCCACCCUCAUCUGGUGCUCAUAUGCCUCUCUUACUUCACCCAGGUUUGUUAUGCAAAUAAAGACUUUCUCUCCA